UAUAAGACAAUGUAAUAUACCUUUGACAAAAGUUUAUUACAUUUGAGAAAUAUUUAGGAAAAUGGGAAAACAUUUGCUAUGUUUAUUUUUUAUCCUCCUUUCGUUCGAUUCUAUAAACUCUUAUUUGAUGCCUCCUCUCUUUAGAAAAUUUAAUGUCGAAAUUGUAAAUCAACUUGAGUUUCACAAGAUACUGAGGGUUCAUUGCAAGAGCAAAUCUCACGAUUUCCCAAUUACAUAUCUUAAUAUCGGUGAAAGUUUUCAGUUUAAAUUUACUAUCUUUCCAAAAACUCUGUACUGGUGUAAUUUAUGGCAGGGACCAAAUUACAAACACUAUGUGGUUUUUGCUGCGUUUCGUCCAGACAAAGAUUUUAUAGAUGGUACAUGUACCGGUAUGCAUCCUAAUGUAUGUAGAUGGACUGCAAAAGAAGAAGGAGUCUAUGUCCGCAACAAAAAAUUCGAAGGAGAAUAUUUCAUGUAUACAUGGGAUGCUCCAUCAAAAACAGGAAAAAUCCCUCCAGUGAAUGCACCUUCAAGUGAAUCAGAACUGGACUCAUCAAUCUAACCACAGAGAUGUAAUCUUCGAUCAAUAAUGUAUCAUGUACAAGAUAUAAUUGGGCCUAAUACUUAUAAUUGGGCCCUAAUAAUUGGGCCUAGUUCUGAUAUUAAAAAAAAGUAAAGAUAAAUAAAAGACAUUUCUUCUUCCCAAAGCCAAAAAUCUCAGUACAAGAGAGAAACAAAGUAACCUGAAGAACUCAAGAGAAAUCGAGAGAGAA